CAACCCCGACCACGCUCAGGCACUUCACGUCUCUUACAUGACAACACAACGACAUCUCCACCUAGAUUGAAAGCCCUGAUCUUGCUUGCCACAUAUUCACUUUCAAUUACAAUUACUUCUAGGCCAGAUAUCAUCUAUUUUGAAUCAAGCUCGCAUCCUUCUGUCUUCCGUUAUGGACCGCCUCCGCAGGCUGUUUCGGUCUGAGCCACCCGCUUAUGAGCCCAUAGAGGGCGGGGAGCAGGGCGAUGAAGCUCAGAAUGAGGAGAAGUUUAGCUGGAUUGAAUAUUCCAUCUUCUUUCUGCUGGGUAUAGCCAUGCUAUGGGCUUGGAAUAUGUUCCUUGCCGCAGCGCCGUACUUUCAACACCGUUUCGCAUCAUCUGAAUGGAUCCUUACUCACUUUCAAUCUGCAAUCACUUCCGUGUCUUGCGUAACGAACCUCGGAUCAAUGAUUGUUUUGACAAAAUUACAGUCGGGGGCCUCAUAUCCUAAGCGGAUUGCAGCAGCACUCCUGCUCAACACCAUAACAUUCACUCUGCUGGCGAUUUCAACAACCUCAUUUCGCUCAGUGACCGCGGGCGGCUAUUUUGGUUUUCUUUUGACCAUGGUGUGCGCAACGAGCCUUUCCACGGGAUUGAGUCAGAAUGGCGUCUUUGCCUAUGUCACUGGCUUUGGACGUGGAGAGUAUACUCAGGCGAUUAUGGCGGGCCAGGCUGUUGCAGGAGUCCUUCCUUGCGUUGCGCAAAUCGUGUCGGUGCUCUCAGUCUCCCAGGAAGCAGCAGAGGACGGAUCUGCGCAGGAAUCCCCAAAGUCAGCUUUUGCUUACUUCCUUACGGCUACUGGCAUAUCCUCAAUUUCCUUCGUCGCCUUUAUGUAUUUCGUUGAACGCCACAGGAAACAGAGACAGCUCAAACGAGUCGUUGAGGAUAUUCAUGAAGCUGAGGGAGAAGAACAGGCGGAGCGCAAAGUUGUCGGUCUCUGGAGUCUAUUCAAGAAGCUUCACUGGAAUGCAGGCGCAGUAUUCAUGUGCUUUGCAGUGACAAUGGUCUUUCCGGUGUUCACACAGGCUAUUCUCAGUGUGCGCGAUCCAGAACACUCUUCUCGUAUCUUCCAGCCUGCAAGUUUCAUUCCCCUCGGCUUCCUUGUAUGGAAUAUUGGAGACCUUAUCGGGCGACUUCUCACGCUUCAUCCUCGUCUGAAAAUCUUGCACUACCCCCGUAUGCUCUUUGUCUUUUCUAUUGCUCGUGUCAUUUUCAUCCCUCUCUAUUUGCUCUGCAACAUGUAUGGUAAAGGCGCUGUGAUCUCCAGCGAUUUCUUUUACCUAGUUGUGGUGCAGCUUUUCUUCGGUCUAAGCAACGGUUACCUCGGCAGCUCAUGCAUGAUGUCUGCUGGUGAGUGGGUGGAGGUGGAAGAAAGAGAAGCUGCCGGUGGAUUCAUGGGCUUGUUCCUCGUCGCUGGAUUGACGGUCGGUAGCUUGUUGAGUUUUCUGGCAGCUUAGAUCUUUUGCGGGGUUGUUUUGCAUUGAACAGCAGUUCUGAUAACAUUUCUGGCGUUUGGGUUCUUUUCUAUCUGCAUGACAGGGCAAGUCUUUUGGCUUAUUGGUACAGAUGUUUGUAUAUAUCAUAUCAUACUCCUCAAAUGAAUGGCGUAGAUGUAGGCUUAGCUUGGUUGCACACGCGUGCGAUCUUUCUAUUCA